AACCAAGAUCUUACUCUAAAAGAAGAAUUGAAAUAAUUGGAAUUGCCAUUGUCAUCCUCCUGAUCAUCCUGAUCAUCCUCCAGAGUAUCCUCAUUGCCCGUGUCCUGUCAAGCACCACGGAAAAUCAGAAGACCGAGGCAGUUCAAACCGGAACAUCAGUGCCAUUAAACUACCAACAGGAUGCCUUUUAUUGCCCACUUGACUGGUUUGGACAUAAUAAAAGCUGCUACAAAUUGUCAGAGGAGGAGAAGAACUGGAAUGAGAGCAAGAACUCUUGUUUUUUGCAUAAUGCUACCUUGGCCAAAAUUACAGAGGAGGAAAUUGCGACUAAUGGUAUUAUGAGGAUGUUCACAAAAGUCCAUGUCUUUUGGAUCGGCCUCACGAGAGAACCGAAUCAACACUGGAAGUGGCUAGAUGGAAAAAAUGCAACGAUGGAAGUCAAGGGAAAUGGAGGAGAUUGUGCAUUUUUGGACGAAGAAGUCACAGCCAUGUCGGUGAGAUGCAGCACUGAACACUACUACAUGUGCAAAAAACCAAUGCUCCAAAAGAUCCUGAAAGAGAACUGGAACUGUUGACUUUAAACAGUUCAUUUAGUGACUAUUCAAAGUUAUAACAGCAUGUCUCUUUAACUUUCUCCCAACGUGA